UUUACAAUCUGACGUUGACACGUGUUUUCGUGUAUUACGUUGUUGACAGAUUUACACGUCAGGAUUUUUCACGAUAUGUUCAGUAUCUAUAAUGUUAUAUACGUUCCAACUUUUGUUUUGGUUUCCCUUUAUACUGAUAUUUUUAUACCUGCUACUAAAUUAUGUUGUUAAAGGAAAAAAGGCAGCUUGCGUUGUUGUACUCGGAGACAUCGGACGUAGCCCACGGAUUCAGUAUCAUGCAUUGUCACUUGCAAAGGAAGGAUACAUGGUGGACAUCGUGGGCUAUGGAGGUUCAGUUCCACAUAAACAAGUAACAGAUGAAGAAAACAUAUCAGUUCACACAAUGAUGGAACCUCCUGCUCUGUUCAGAGUGUUUCCAAGAAUCAUAGGCUAUUUUCUGAAAGUCAUCUGGCAAUCAGCUGUUCUUGGAUUUACUCUUCUCCUGUUGCCUAAGUCUGGAUAUACACUGCUGCAGAACCCCCCUGCCAUCCCAACUAUUGCCGUCUGCUGGCUUGUGUCGCUACUGAGAUCCAGCCAUCUUGUGGUAGACUGGCACAACUAUGGCUACACCAUCCUCAGCCUUAGCCUGGGCAGGUCUCAUCCACUCGUGGCCUUCUCAAAGUGGUAUGAAAGAUUCUUUGGAAGAUUUGCAAAUUCCAACCUGUGUGUGACGGAAGCCAUGAGGAAGGACCUGCAUGACAACUGGGGUGUAAAAGCAGUGACGUUGUAUGACCGACCACCAGAGCGAUUCAAGGCUACGUCAGUCUCUACUAAACAUGAGCUCUUCUCCAGACUGUGUCAGGAAUACCCUGUGUUUGCUGCAGAGUCGCCAGAGAAUCCCGUAUUUACCAGCAGAGACGAGUUAGGUGUAGUGGAACGAAGGUCAAGGCCAGCACUUCUUGUCAGUAGUACCAGCUGGACAGAGGAUGAAGACUUUGGUAUCCUACUCUCUGCUUUAGAAAAAUAUGAGGCGGCAGUAUCUACAAAAUCCUCGUCCUUACCUGACCUGAUCUGUGUGAUUACAGGCAAAGGUCCUCAGAAAGACUUUUAUAUGAAGAAGAUAUCUGAGAUGACUUUCUCUCAUGUCAAGUUCUGUCUGCCAUGGCUAACAUCUGAGGACUAUCCACUCCUGCUUGGCUCAGCUGACAUAGGCGUGUGUCUUCACAAGUCCUCCAGUGGGCUGGAUCUACCAAUGAAAGUAGUGGACAUGUUUGGAUGUGGCCUUCCAGUUUGUGCAGUGGAUUUUAAAUGUCUGCCAGAGUUGGUCAAGCAUGGAGAGAAUGGUCUGGUGUUCCAAGACAGUCAGCAGUUGUCAGUCCAAUUACAGGAUCUCCUGAAGGGAUUUCCAGACAACCAGUCAGAAUUGAAGAAACUGCGAAACAAUGUGAAGUCGUUUCAGUCAGUGAGAUGGCACGACCAGUGGGCCCGACUUGCUCUCCCAUUGUUUCAGGACAAAGUGAAGACAGACUGAUGGUCAACAUUUACCCUUGUUUUAAUCAUGUUAUAUAAAACAUAUUGUUACCAAAA